ACCGCGCGCUUCAUUCGUCGUGCGAACUUCGCGCCGUGCGCUCCUCCGUGAUACUAUCCCGUCCGUGAUACUAUCCCGUCCGUGAUACUCGUGCCGUGAUACUCGCGAGUGAUACUUCGCGUCGCGAAUGUGUGACUGUGCUUAGUGCUGUGUGACUCAUUUGUUGGAUCGUUUAUAUUUGGGAUUACUCUUAUAUGCGAGAAAUAAGAGUGUACCUCCAAACCUACGUUCAUGUUUUGGCUCAAGUUUCAAAAAUAUCGUGAUAUAUCCAGGUCCUUGUUGAAAGGCUAGACAGCACACUGGCUUUCCUCAAGCCUGGCCCGCCGGCCCCUGCCAGCGCUGCUCCUGUUAUGCCCUUCAUAGAUGAUGACCUCCUCUGGGACAACGACUCUGACGGAAAGAUACCUGACCUCUCUCAGUGCCUUGCGAAUGUAUGUAACAUACAGGAAACUAGCAACAGUCUCGGCGAGUUAUCGUCCAAUGUUCUUUCCGAGCUAGAUUCUCAACUCGACAACGAAGCUGAAGACAUCUUUAAUCAACUCGCUGAUCCAUCCUUUGAACUUGAGCAGUUCUUUGACUUCAACGAGGAAAAGUUCUUAUCUUUACAUGAGACAUGUAAGUCACUGCUUACGAGAUCUGCCCUCCCCAAAUACAACAAUCACCAGCUGUUGCUAGAGGAGAACAACAACAGUGUUGCAGCCAAGAAUCCUGCCACUGUCGCUCUUCUUCAAGAGAUCCAUAAGAACUCUCAGAGAGUCAGUAAACUCAACAUCGCCGCAGCCAAUCCACUGUUGGCAGAGAAGCUAGCGACUCCUGCUUCUGUAGUUCCUGGUUCUCCCACCGCCAGCUGUGAAGCGCCAGUGUUCCCCACACCUCUUCGGCAGAUCAAGACAGAACCGGAUACCAGUAGAUCAGGUGUGUUGAACGCUCGGCCCCCAGUCCCUGGGCAAGUGGACACGGCGCCGCCCACCCCUGGCCCGUUGUACAUCAAGAGAGAAAGGGACGGUGGUGACCACAAGGCGUUACUGCACGGUAUAUUGUCCAGUCACCACGCCGCCGCCGCUCUGCUCAACUAUAGCCACUCAAAUACCGGUUCACUACCUCCCAGCCCGGCGGACUCCGGAGUCUCCGACGUGGACAGCAGCAGCUCCGGACACACGUCCAACGACGAGUUGCGCGCCCGUCUGCAGCCACAGCCCCAGGCGCCCUGCUGGAGGUCGGCGGAGUCCCCCAGCUCACUGUACUCUCCGCACUUCCUCGCACCCUACUACCACAACCACCAGAACAUCGCCAGACAGAACAGCCAGCCGAGACCGCAAGUAACGGACGGCUACGGUUACAUGCCCCCGCCUAGUAGUUACUACUUCGCGACGCCCCCCGCCCCCUCCCCACCUAGAGCGGCACCCACCUCUGUGAUACAGGCCGCAGCCUCCUCCAGCAACGACGACCUUUACUUCCUGGAGCUCGGCUUCCAGCAGCGAGCCAAGAAGAAGAUCAGAAGGAUUAAGAGUGGAGAGCCACUGCCACCCGGCGCCAAGAGGAAAAGUCGGGAAGGGUCGACGACGUACCUGUGGGAGUUCCUAUUGAAGCUGUUGCAAGACAGGGACUACUGUCCAAGGUACAUCAAGUGGACCAACAGGGAGAAGGGAGUGUUCAAGUUGGUGGACAGCAAGGCAGUCAGUAGGCUCUGGGGACUGCACAAGAACAAGCCCGACAUGAACUACGAGACCAUGGGCCGAGCACUCAGGUAUUACUACCAGAGAGGCAUCUUGGCCAAGGUUGACGGCCAGAGGUUAGUUUACCAGUUUGUGGAUGUGCCUAAAGACAUCGUGGAGAUCGACUGCACAGGAGCGUGACCACUUCACUCCUAGACGUCCAAUGUCCACGUGAUGGUGACAGUGUCUCGGAUCAUCGAACGUCCGCGCCAGCACCAGCGCCAACUACUUAUAAUUAAAUGUUAUUUUUGUAUUUGUUUGUAAAACGGUAAAGAAGGCUGUUUGUAGUUAAGGUAGUUCGGUGAUAGCUGUCUCGCUGAAAUUUCCCAAAACAUCUUUUUUACGUUCAGUCCGAGCCAGUCUUCCCGUAAAAAUCGAUUACCAAUUAUAAAUAUUUUAUUUUGUACAUUUUACUAAGGAAAGACAGCUUUAAGUCGGUUUGACGUGACGAAGGUUGUGAUACGGUAACAUUUGGGUCCCACCUAGAUGUGUCCGGCCGAGUGCAGAUGCUCAAAGCUGUUCCCCAGUCUGUGUACUGUAGCCUAUGUGUAUAUUUUGUUGUAUAUUGUGUAUACUGUUACUGUAACGGAAUGAUCUCAGGAACGGCGGGAUCGCACCGGCUCGCACUGCCACCUGCUCUUAUCUUGUAAAUAGUUUGCAGCCUCAUGACUUACUUGUAUAUACAAACUACAUAUUGUCUAUAAUUUAUUUAUUUCUUUGUGUUUAUAGUUUCGGUUCUUCGGAUUUCUAUUUACGAAUGGCAGUGCGCUGCUCACACUCUGUUCUCUUACGGUUAAAGCUUAUUUAUUGUUCGGAAACAUCACACUUUUAUAACAAUUUUGGAACUAGACGUUUUUACCGUGUUUUAUAAGCUCAGUGUCUCGGUGUUACUAAUCGUGACGGCGGUGUUGGAGGGAUCCGCAAACGGUUGCUGUGAAAGGCCUUUUGAAGCAAUUUAAGAAGUGAGAAUAUUUUAGAGACUGAUAGCGGCGUGAAGAACGGUUUAUUAUAGUCUAUUUGAUAGUUUUGCUAAGAUUUCUAUCUGUAAUGUCUAAAUGUGAUGAGGCUAUCGGUGUAGUGUUCUCUUCAGUUGUCAUUCCUACUCUAUCUCUACUGCCCUGAACCAUCACUGCCAUUUAUUGUGGGCGAAUCACUUCGAUAUUCUCGUGUAUCCUAUUUUGUUUUACCGGACCAAAAAUUUGUGAUAAACUCUGAUUCUAUAUGAUUCAAAUUAAAACUCAAAGUUUCUCCUGGUAGAAGAGUGUCGGAACCAAUAAUUUCGGUUAGUACUUAUUAGUUUUAGUCUAGUUAUAACUCACCGCUGCUCAGAAAUCACAUUGUGAAUUGUUCAGUGCCUCAUGAGUUUUGUGACGGGUUAAACGCAAUUAAUUCUAUUGAAACUCGAUUGUCUGUUGGAACUUUUUCAAAGAUUCAACGCCCGUGGCUACACGAACCAAAUAAUGUUCUCUUAUUGCAGAUUUUAUUGUUGUUGUUUAAAACAAAUAUGUACCUUAGUAGAGAUGGAUGAUAGAGUUUAUUAAAAGUUGACCAUAUUUUUACAUAAAGAUGUCGAGUGAUGUAAAUAGUAUUUUUAUGUAUUCAGGGUUUGCAUUUUCAGACCAGAUGUAUGUGACCCAUUUAUCUCAGAUUUAGAUAAUAGUGUUCUAUAAAUGCUAUUUUAAAUGUUAUUAUUAUUAAAAGAUAUGGAGCUAUUUCACUGGAUACUUUUGCAAAUGUAAAUUAAAUAAACAGCAGUCUUAAAUAAAUAUUUUGAUGUUUUCUA